GUGCCACUCUUCCGUCGAUCCGAGCAUUUAAUGUCUCCAAUCGUAUGCGCAGCCCCUGACUCGCUGUCAUUGGUAAGUUACCUUUAGUAUCGUCACAGCUUCCUGCCCAAUGACCGACAUUCCAUGAUCGUUAUUUGGACCAGGGGCCCAAGCAAACACUGUCUGCAAUGGGAACCGGGAUCAAGGGAAUACUGUCAACAACUUUAUGACUACGGAGUACCAGACACUGGAUUUCCUCGCGUUGAUGCUCAGUUGCUGGUGUCGUGAUGUUUACAUUGUUGUAUAACCCAUGGUCGCGACAGAGGCAUUUUCGUUGAGGGUCUUUUAAUGCAGUUCUAUUCCUGAGUAGAAAUGUCAAACAUGCACAUCGCUUACUGGAAGCAAUCGUUAAUUCUAAACAAUCAACAUGGCCCGACUUAUGGAUGCGAUCAAAAAGGACCACCGAGAGCUCGAAGAAUACUACAACAUCAUCGUGAGCUCCGGAGAUACUGAUGAGCAAAUCCGCUUCCAGAACAAGUUCACCUGGGAACUCGCCCGCCAUGCGAUAGGCGAAGAGCUGGUCGUCUACCCUGCACUGGAGAAAUAUCUCCCGGGCGGCACUGAGACAGCCGAUAAGGACCGUGAAGAACACCAGACUAUUAAAGAAAAGCUUCAAAAGUUCCAGGACAUGCAUCCCUCCGAUGCAUCCUUCCUGCCGGUCCUCAAGUCUAUGAUGGCAGAACUCGAGAAGCACAUCGAAGAAGAGGAAACCAUUGACUUUGUCAAGCUGGAGGACGCAAUUACCCCCAAGGAGAGCGAGAGCCUGUCCAAGUCGUUUGGUCGAACGAAGAUGUUUGUUCCCACCCGGUCGCAUCCCAACACCCCGAACAAACCUCCUUUCGAGACGGUGGUCGGGCUGCUGGCUGCACCAAUUGACCAUCUAGCGGAUAUGUUCCGUAAAUGGCCUGAUGAUGUGAUCAAUCCCAAUCCAUCAUCUGAAUAG